CUUUGAAUCUGGUUACUAUCACGGGAUGUUCUGCAGUGCAUGCAGCACUUCAGUCCGGGCCUGCGGGUGCUGUCUUACACCGAACUAAUCCUUUCUGGUAAUGACGAAUACACCGCCCCUUUUAGAGCUGCACUAUAUAUUGGCUUCUCAAAAUCACCAUGCUUCUUUGGGGAGUCUUUUUUAUUUCACGCUUUCUCUCUAACUAGUCAUCCUACUUUCUUGGAUCUCUCUACCUGUGAUGUCAGACAAACAACAAUUCAUCAUCGCGGUGUACAACAUCGUCAAAUUGAUCCCUCCACAGAAGGUGAUCAGCUGCAGUCAUAUCGCUAAGCUGGUUGGAAGGCCUAAGAGCGCACGGCAAGUCAAAGAAGCCGUCAAAUUUAUUUCGCACACGACCCCACCAGUUCCCUGGUAUCGCGUCGUGUCCACAUCUGGCAUCAUCUCAGUGAGCGGCCCAAGCACUCAACAACUGGCGCUAGAGAAGGAGGGAGUCCGUGUGCGGACGGGAACUGUUGGGGAGUCGAGAGUGGAUCUUGGAAAAUGGGGAUGGUAUCCCCUUGUCGGCAGCCUGAACUAUCUCGCCGAUUCAGAUACAUCAGAGACGGAAGACUGGGGCGCAUGACCACUCGUGGGUCAUCGGAAGGGGGGGUUGGCGGCGUAGCAGCAGCCGAUUUUCGUUUCGUCUCUUUUUCAUCUUCUCUUUUCGUUUCUCUCAGGCUGUUGAAUUGGGGUGGCCUCGCACCGUGCCCAGCGAUGUAUCCAUAUUGACGAUACCAUACGGACUUUUCGGUGUUUUUGUCGCUUUCUGCUCGCACUGUAUUUCCAAGGAUUUCCCUUCUCGACCAUUUUCAUAUGGAUAUUGUAUGUUUUUUUUUUGUAUUGUGCCAUCAGAAAUUUUCGAUUCAGAAAUUGAAAGAGCAAAUUUUUUUGGGGUCGCUUACCGUUGACUUUUUCGACCCCGGAGCAUACUUAUCUUCCGAAGAGCUACAGAGAUUUUUAAUUGAAUUAACACUGGGCUUGGUCGGCGCGGGUCAUUCACAUUAAGAUACAUUAUAUGAUCUACUUUUUUUGG